CACCUAUGGCUUCAUGUCAAUCUUUAAAUGUUAUAGAAGCUGGAUUACGUGAUAUUAUGCAAAAUUCAGUUCCUUUUGGUGGAAAAAUUAUAAUCCUUGGUGGAGAUUUCCAGCAAGUCCUUCCAAUUAUACGACAUGGAUCACAAGAUGAAAAGAAAUUUUCAAAAUGGCUUCUUCAGUUAGGUGAUGGAUCAUUACCUACAGUUAAUGGCGAAAUACAACAACCACCAGAAUGUAUUAUAUCAGGAAAUUUGAUAACCGAUAUAUUUGGUAAACAAAUUAAAGAAGAGGAUCUUAAAAUUCUUUAUGAGAAAGUUAUUCUUUGCGCCAUAAACAAAGAUUGUCUUACCUUAAAUGAAGAA